AUGGCGGCGUGCUGGCGCGGGCUCGUCCUCCCCACAGAGUCCCCUUCGGUUGCGCCGCUGCCGCUGCCGCCGCGGGCCGCCUGCCGAGUUGCUGCUACAUCGUCGCUGCUACUUUCCGCUCUCCGUCCCCGCGAGGAGUGCAAUCGGCGGCGGUCCGCCGGGGUAACGCGAUCGCGUCACCACGGCUCGGGAUGCGGCGGCGAGGAGGGGAUCUUCCCCUCCCCGAAGAGCCCUCUGCUCCUUCCCCGGCCAAUUGGGGUCCGGUGGUGGCGGCAGAAGGGGCCUGUGGCAAGUCCGGGCGCCAUGGGCGAGAAGAUGAUGGGGAACGUGGAGGGGGAUCAAGUGGCUACGGGAAGAAGCGAGACGAGAAGCAAGAAGGAGGUGCUGGCGGCGGCGGCGUUGACGGUGGCCUUGGCCACAGGGAAUAGAGUGUUUUACAAGUUGGCGCUGAUCCCACUGAAGAACUACCCCUUCUUCCUCGCCCAGCUCGCCACGUUCGGGUACGCUCCCUCUCCUUUUUCCUCCCUUCUUCAAUUCUGGAUAACCUUAGUAAUGCAAAGGCAGAGGAUUGCGGCAACUCGCCGUCGUUGGUGAGCAAUCUGCUCCGCCGCUUCGAGUACGGCAAGUUUUUCCGCUCGCAAGUGGCUUUCAGGGAUGCCCUUCGGAGGUGACGUCGUGAAGCUUAGUCUGACUUUUUACUUUGUCCGCAAUGUGCCACGAACCCACCACCAUCACCGUUGACCCGAUGCUCAUCCCAUCGUAAAUCUACUAGUACGAAAAUGCCCACGGUGACGUUGAUUUCAGGGUCGAUCGCAAGAUAGUUGAGGCGUUUUAUUCUCUGUUCUCCUGUUCUCGACGUGGCUAAUUGAGAGAACACUACAUUUUAUCAUUUUGUAGCAGCCCAUUGGAUGACUUCACAAGCUCUCUGUGCGCUAAACUGAACUCGACGCUGCUAAGAUACUGCUCAUCAGGCAUCUGGCUUGUGCCCACGAUGGUUAAUUAGUCCCAAAAUAUACCUUUUCCGGCAAUGGCAAUGAAUGUGGUGUUCUUUAUCUACAUGCUGAAAGGUUAAAGAUUUGACUUGUUCAUACAUCUAUGAAAAUCUAGCUUGUCUCAUUUCGCACAAGGAAUGCUCUGCUUUUCGUGAUCGUUUUGGUUGUACCAAUGUUGAUAAAAAAGCAGUAGCUAGACAUCAGAUUUCUGUAAGUUUCACUGAGAAUUGGUUCUUCUAUUAAAUUUAUUGAAAAUCUCUCGUAAUUCGUCGGCACUUGUCUAUGAUUUUCAGGUAUGUUGUGGUAUAUUUUUCCAUUCUGUACUUUCGUUAUCAUGCUGGGAUUGUUACAGACAAGAUGCUAUCCUUACCUAAGGGUCCGUAUGUUGCCAUAGGGCUUUUAGAAACUAUUUCAGCAGUUUCGGGAAUGGCAGCUACAGGUAGAAAGUCCUUAGACAUUGUUAUGCUCUAUCCUGUUUACUUUCCAAAGUAUAAUUAUUUAAUUUCUCAAACUACUCAAAAAUUCCAUGCUUGAUUUCAUUUUAGCUUACCUUAAACUGGAGAUCAUUCAAAUCCAAGCUACCUUUUGAGAAAUCCUUAUCAUUCUUUUUCUUUUCCUCAAAUGGCAUGGUAUAUAUGCUGGUCUAGUUUGCUGGGUGAAGUUUCAUUUGCAGCGAUUUUUCUUGGGUUCGUUGUUUCAGCGAAACCUACAUUGGCAUGCUCAUACUAGAAUGGGUUCUAGGAAAUACACAUAAAGGAGGCAGGCACAAGGAUAUGUAUUACCUUAAAUUGCAUGUUACCAGUCAGGUUAAGGGUACCAGUCAACAAACAAUAGGAUGUUUUACUGUGUUGCAUUGGGUGGAACAAAAAAUUGCAUGAUUCAAGGUUGUGGAUGGAAAAGAUGCCUGGAUGGUAUUGGCUCUUUUGUUUCAUACAGACAAUCUUGCUGUGCCUUUAGGCCCAGUUCUAGACUUAGGAUGGCAUACAAACCUCUAUUUGUGGGGCUGGGAUUACACUUUCCGACAAUUAUCAUCAAUUGCAUACCUAUGUCUUUUGAUCCAACUUUUAUUUUAAAUUAAUUAAAAUGCAUUUUUUUAAUAAAAGCUUCGUAGUAAAUGGAUGCUUUCGUUGCCUUUUUAAUUCCAGUACCGUCAUCUUCCUCAGUAAUUCUGCCUUAAAAAUGUCUUUAUUUAGAUAACAUUGGAUUCUGAGCAUUUCGACUACUUCACUUUCUCUGUUUUUCUGAGAAUUUUGCCUGAUUCCUUCCUGCUUCUCUCCUUGGAACAGCUGUUCUUUCCGGCGCAUCAAUUCCUAUACUAUCUCAGGUGUGCAGUGGCAGGAGAUCAUGCUAAUUUUUUUAAUACUUUUUAUCCUCAGUUUAACAUAAUAUUCAUUUUUUCUUUGCCUUCUUAAUGUGUGGUAUCUAUGAACGAUCAAUGGUUUGAAGUAAAUAACUGACUGCAUUGGCUUAUAAUCUUCAAUGCAGACAUUUCUUGUGUGGCAGCUUAUAUUGUCAUAUCUCGUUCUUGGGAGACGAUAUAGAUUCAAUCAAGUUGUUGGAUGCCUCCUCGUCUCUGUUGGUGUCAUAAUAACCGUUAUGAGGUAAUUUCUUCUCAUUAUAUCCAAAUGGAAAACCCUCAGCAAGGUAACCCCGGCGUUUUUUCUAUACUUGAUGGUUGACUUUUUCUGCCCAAAGGAUGUUGGGACCUCAGAAGGGCAAAUGCUGAAUUGGACCGUCCUGAUUCAUUCGAGGCUGUAGAUGUAAAAUGGUUGGAGACCCCUGUGAUUCGAUUGUUUCUAAUGUGAACUGACGAUUGGAGAGCCUAACAUACUGCAGCAGUCUCGCAUACAAAGACCGAUUGAAUAUGUGUUCUGAACAUACUGGGGGCUAUAACAAGAUCAUCUGUUGACUUGUUAUAGGCCUUUUUGGAUCAUCUCUCUGUUCACCGCUAGAAAGUAUAAGGACAACUUGAAAUUAUAAUAACCUUGAGAAAUGGGGGUCAUCAGAAAGAUAGGAAAAAUAAUAUAUUUCCCAAAUAUCAUGUAGAUUGCCAUUCAAUUCUGCCAACUUCAGAAAUAACUUCUCUUAAUUUAGACGAUAAAUUUCACUUUCAUAUGAACUGCCCCACUCGAGAUUUUCUUUUGGGUAGAUUAGCUAUGGAUUGGUUGCUACAUCUGAGAUCAUUGCUAUUUCUUCCUUGUGCAGCGGAACAGGUUCUAGUGUCUCUUUGCGGGGUACCGAAAUUUUCUGGACGCUCCUGAUGAUAAAUUCAUUUCUAUUCCAAGCUGCUGACACAGUAUUAAAGGUCCUUCAUAUUGAGCAUUCACUUGGUGAAGUUUGUGUAUCACCUGGUGGCAGAAACCAGAGUUCUUCCGACAAGUCUGACUUUUAUUUAUUCAUUUUUAGGAGAUAAUUUUUGAGAAUGCUACCAAGAAAUUAAAGGUAUGUUCUUAACAAGCUAUCUUCCCCUCCUUCAGCGGAAAGAUUCUUUGCAAGCUCGGAUCAAAAUGAGUCUUUCUUGUUGAAAUGCUUCUCGAUUUCGCAUAAAUUUUCGAUUCACAGUUGGGUUAUUUGUAGGGCGGCUCAGUUGAUAUCUUUGUGGUGAACUCUUAUGGAUCUGCGUUCCAAGUACGCUUUCUAUGGCGAUCUAACAUCUAAACAAUAAUUCUUCAUAUUUCUUCGCCUUUCUCGAUUCUUUUGUAAUCUUCAAGAGCAACGUGAGAAGCAAAACCCUGCUGCUCUUCCGCAGGCCCUGUUUACAUGCCUCCUACUCCCUUUGUUGACAAAAUUAUGGGGGAUUCCAUUGGCUCAACUUCCAGCAUACAUCAAAGAUGGAACGGCCUGCUUUCUUAAUAUCGGGUCACUAUCCCACGGUAUGUACUCUCUCUCUCUCUCUCUCUCUCUCUCUCUCUCUCACUACUGUAUGCAUCUAGUCUUCCUUUUUCUUUCCCCAUCAUUUUACCAAACAGUGGCUUAGUCCGAGUGAUUCUGCUAAGUAUUUUUCAAGUUUCUUAAAGAAUUUGCAAGCCAUGAACAUGCCAUUUAAAACGCAAUCCAUCUUAGAUCAAAGGCCCCAGGUUCAGUGGAUAGCUUGGCCUCUCAGAACACUCAGAGUGCAGGCACCGAGGAAAAUAUAAAUAUUUUCUACAUUCAUACACAGAUCUUUCGAAAAUGUGAGAAGAAAAGAAAUCAUUGGUAGCGGCACUCUGUGUUCCUCGAGAGGGCCAUGGCAAAUAUUACACCUCGAUUUAUUCCUCACAUUUUUAUCCCUACUUUGUAUCUUCUAACCAAGAUCAAGUCCUCUUUUUGAGUUUUUUUUUUAAUAAUUUUUUUGUCUAAAGAAGAAAGUUUACUCGGGAAACUGAGCUGAGAUCCUCAAACGUUCCACAGGAUGUGAAGGAGCGCCUCUGUUGCCGGUCUUGUUCGUGCUCGUGAACAUGGCUUUCAACAUUUCGCUGCUGAAUCUGGUCAAGAUCUCCUCCGGGGUUGCUUCCUGUCUAGCUUCCACUUUCUCAGGUCGCUCUCUCUCUCUCUCUCUCUGCCUCCUAUCUCUGGGGACCCCCGUUAACAUCCUCUCCUCUAGGACCCUCCUCCUGUCUGCCCCGAUGGGCCGCAGGUGAUGGGUCCUCUCUCUCUCUCUCCCCCUCUCCCUCUCUCUCUCUCUCUCUCUCUCUGGUGGGUUGGGAAGGCUGUUCAAGGCUCUCUUGCUUUGUUGUUUUCCCCUUUGGUUUCCGUCUUCUUCUUACUUAUUUUGGGCGGGAUUGGUGCUGGUGCAGUGCCCCUCUCCAUCUAUGUCUUCACGCUCCCCCUUCCGUACGCCGGCGUCCCGUCGCCCCUUCCGGCGGGCUUCCUGGCCGGCGCCGCCGUCCUCGUGGCCGGUCUCCUGCUCUACUCCUUCACUCCCCCGCCGCCCGGCGACCAGUCAGCGGCGGCGCCGCUGCUCCCCCACGCCCCUGCUGCGUAG